AUAACGCUUCGUUAUUCGGUAAAGAGGAAUGUUUUAAGAAAUUUGUGUUUUUAGGCGCAAAGUUUUGGAUGUGGAACAGGACGCUAUUUUCAACAGAAUAAUUGAUUAAUAAAUAUAAUUAUUGACUAUUGCUGCUUAUAAAAAUGUCUAGUGAGAGUGGCAGCAUAUUAAUUCCUGUGGAAUCACCUGCGGAACAGGAGGUAGAGCAUCAGAAAAUCUCUCGGAAAUUACUCAAAGAGGUCCAGAAUGUUUCAACGAUGAACAAAGAAAAUGUAGGCAAAUCUUCGAAACUGCAAGCGUUCCUGGUUAAGAAAGAACUAAUCAAGAAGACAUUACUUGUCGAUCCUUUGGAUGUGAUCGAGCAGAAACGGAAGAAACUGGUUAACUCGCAGUCCUGUCAGACGUCUCCGGACAAGAAAGUAACCGGAGGAAAACCCAAAGUCACCGAGGAAGAUCUCACCUCGCUCGAAGGGCCUAGCGAAGCAUACUGGCAAAUACUUGCCGAGAGACGUCGUCAAGCUUUGGAAGAAUCACUGGCGGAGAAUUUAGAGCUUCACGAAAAAAUAAGCUCCCUCGAGGAAGAACUGAACCUGUCCCGAGAAAUGCUGGAGGAAGCUCGCAAUCUGGUCGAAGUUCUAACGGAAAUGCUGCAGGAAGGUGAAGCGGAAAAGCAGGAAGGCAGUAAAGCUGAUCCCAAUCAGGUGGACGAUAGCGGCGUCGUUCCGGAAGUUACUAGCGAAGAGGAAGAUAAUCUUUAAUAUAUUAUUUGACAAAUCUAAUAUAGUCUAAUUGUUUACUGA